CUCAUGCCAGGGUACUAGGUGUAAUCCUGAACUCCCAUUUGUCCUUUCAGCCCCAAAUCCAAUCGCUGUUAUCCCCGCUUCAGUCUAUCAUGAAUGCUGCUUCCAGACUCAUCCACCUUACUAACCAUUCUGUAUCCGCCACCCACCCCUCUCUGCCAAUCCCUCCACUGGCCUCCACUCAGUGUCCUCCACCCCUCUCUGCCAAUCCCUCCACUGUCCUCCACUCAGUGUCCUCCACUCCUCUCUGCCAAUCCCUUCACUGGCCUCCACUCAGUGUCCUCCAUCCCUCUCUGUCAAUCCCUCCACUGGCCUCCACUCAGUGUCCUCCAUCCCUCUCUGCCAAUCCCUCCACUGGCCUCCACUCAGUGUCCUCCAUCCCUCUCUGCCAAUCCCUCCACUGGCCUCCACUCAGUGUCCUCCAUCCCUCUCUGCCAAUCCCUCCACUGUCCUCCACUCAGUGUCCUCCAUCCCUCUCUGCCAAUCCCUCCACUGGCCUCCACUCGGUGUCCUCCACCUCUCUCUGCCAAUCCCUCCACUGUCCUCCACUCAGUGUCCUCCAUCCCUCU